UGCAUUGGAAUAGGGUGAUGAUAACUCAAGUUUUCCAGGUUUGUCUCUUUUCCGCGUGCAAGCCUCACAAUGCGGAGGUCAAGGUUGCUGCAUCACCAGCCAUUCACCAGUCUUUCUCGCACCAUCCCUUUUCUUUCUUUUCUUUACCCUAUUAUCUCUUCUCCUUAAAAUUAAAAUUAAAUAAAAAAUAAAUAACAAAAUUAACCUUCACUAUCCUCAUUUUUUUUUAGAAAAAUAGAUCUAGAACCGACUCAGAGAAACAGAACAUGGAAAAUAAACAAACUAGUUUACAUGCAUGCUCGCUAUUUACCCACUGAAACCAGAGAAGAAGAAGAAGAAGAAGAAGAAAAGAGAGAAUGAACCUUCUCGCCUAGGUGAUUGCUUGGUAACAACAAGGGCUUUCUUUCAGGGUAAUUGUUUUCUAUAUUCAAGCUAGGUUGUGGAAGACCAAAUAGAAGAAGAACAGUAUGUCUGUUUCUAUGAGAGAUUUGGAUCCAGCUUUCAAGGGAGCUGGCCAAAAGGAUGGACUUGAAAUAUGGCGUAUCGAGAAUUUUAAUCCAGUUCCUAUUCCUCAGUCAUCUUAUGGAAAGUUUUUCACUGGGGAUUCUUAUAUGAUCUUGAAGACAACUGCUUCAAAAAGUGGUGCUCUGCGUUAUGAUAUCCAUUAUUGGCUUGGUAAAGAGACCAGUCAGGAUGAGGCUGGUACUGCAGCCAUCAAGACAGUCGAGUUGGAUGCAGCUCUGGGAGGACGGGCUGUUCAGUAUCGUGAAGUACAAGGCCACGAAACUGAAAAGUUCCUCUCUUAUUUCAAACCAUGCAUCAUACCUCAAGAAGGUGGAGCUGCCUCUGGUUUUAAACAUGUGGAGGCCGAAAAACAUAAGACACGGUUGUUUGUAUGCAAAGGGAAACAUGUGGUACAUGUCAAAGAGGUUCCAUUUGCUCGAUCUUCGCUAAACCAUGAUGAUGUUUUUAUUCUGGAUACUGAGUCCAAAAUUUUCCAAUUUAAUGGUUCCAACUCAUGUAUUCAAGAAAGGGCCAAAGCAUUGGAGGUUGUACAGUUUAUUAAGGAUACCUACCAUGAUGGGAAAUGUGAGAUAGCUUCCGUUGAGGAUGGAAAGUUGAUGUCUGAUUCUGAAAGUGGAGAAUUCUGGGCUUGCUUCGGGGGCUUUGCUCCUCUUCCACGGAGAACAGUCAGUGAUGAUGAUAAGUUUGCUGAUUCUCAUCCUCCAGAACUACUUUGUGUUGGCAAGGGGAAGACAGAACCUGUUGAAACUGAUUCCUUGACAAAGAAAUUGCUGGAGACAAACAAAUGCUAUAUUUUAGAUUGUGGGUUGGAGGUUUAUGUAUGGAUGGGAAGAAACACAUCUCUUGAUGAAAGAAAAAGUGCAAGUGGAGCUGCAGAUAAGUUAGUCAGUGGCACUGGUCGACCAAAGUCCCAUAUAGUUCGUGUAAUUGAAGGAUUUGAAACAGUAAUGUUCAAGUCCAAGUUUGAUUCUUGGCCUCGGGCAUCUCAAAUGAUGUCUGAAGAUGGUCGUGGCAAGGUAGCAGCACUUCUAAAACGUCAAGGAUUGGAUGUCAAGGGUCUCUUAAAAUCUGAACCUGUAAAAGAAGAACCUCAACCCUAUAUAGAUUGCACAGGACAUUUGCAGGUUUGGCGUGUUAAUGGCAAGGAAAAGAUUCUUCUUCCAGCCACUGAUCAGUCAAAAUUUUAUAGUGGAGAUUGCUACAUCUUUCAAUAUUCAUAUCCUGGAGAAGAUAAGGAAGAACAUCUUAUAGGAACAUGGGUUGGAAAGACCAGUAUUGAGGAAGAGAGGGCUUCAGCUCUUUCACUGGCAAACAAAAUGGUUGAGUCAAUGAAGUUUCUUCCUUGCCAGGUUCGUAUCUAUGAAGGCAGUGAACCAAUUCAGUUCCAUGCCAUCCUCCAAAGCUGUAUUGUCUUCAAGGGUGGACUUAGUGAUGGAUACAAGAAUUACAUUGCAGAGAAGGAAAUUCCAGAUGAGACAUACAGUGAGGAUGGUCUUGCAUUAUUCCGCAUCCAGGGUUUUGGGCCAGACAAUAUGCAAGCUAUACAAGUUGAACCAGUUGCUUCCUCCUUGAAUUCCACUUACUGCUACAUACUUCAUAGUGAUUCAACUGUUUUUACGUGGUCUGGAGGUUUAGCAACUUCAGAUGAUCAAGAGCUUGUUGACAGAAUGCUGGAUUUGAUUAAGCCGGACUUACCAUGCAAAUCACAUAAGGAAGGCGUAGAAUCGGAGUUGUUUUGGGAUUUGUUGAGAGGAAAAUCAGAAUAUCCCAGUCAAAAGAUCGAGAGGGAUGAAGAAAGCGACCCUCACCUAUUUUCUUGCGACUUCUCAAAAGGAACUUUAAAGGUGAAAGAGAUAUACAACUUUUCCCAGGAUGAUUUGAUGACAGAAGAUAUUUGCAUCUUGGAUUGUCACUCUGAAAUCUUCGUCUGGGUUGGCCAGCAGGUUGACCCAAAGAGUAAAAUACAGGCUCUAACAAUUGGUGAGAAAUUUCUUGAGCAUGACUUUCUUCUAGAAAAUUUAUCUCGUGAAGCUCCAAUAUAUAUUGUCAUGGAAGGCAGUGAGCCACCUUUCUUCACUCGCUUCUUUAAAUGGGAGUCUGCAAAAUCUGCAAUGCUGGGAAACUCGUUUCAAAGGAAGCUUGCAAUCCUCAAAAAUGGGGGAGCGGCACUCGUACUUAAACAUAAGCGAAGAGCAUCAGUAUCUUAUGGGGGAAGGUCUGGUGGUGUGCCAGAUAAAUCUCAGCGUUCCCGUAGCAUGUCUGUCAGUCCUGAUCGUGUUCGUGUGAGGGGCAGAUCUCCAGCCUUUAAUGCUCUAGCAGCUAAUUUUGAGAACACAAAUACGAGGAACCUUUCAACUCCACCUCCAAUGGUUAGAAAACUGUACCCAAAAUCUGGGGCACAGGAUACAGCGAAACCGGCAUCUAAAUUUUCAGCCAUAUCUCAUCUUACUUCUAGUUUUGAACUACCAUCAGCUCGAGAAAAUUUGAUUCCUCGGUCCCAAAAAGUGGGUUCAGUUACCACCAUAUCAAACCCGGAGACAACUGACGUGGGGGUUUCUAUGAGCAAGAGAAUAGAAUCUCUUACCAUAAAGGAGGAUGUGCAAGAGGGUGAAGCUGAAGAUGAUGAAAGUCUCCCAGUUCACCCAUAUGAUCGCAUUAACACAGAUUCUACAGAUCCUAUAACAGAUAUUGACGUUACUAAACGAGAGGCUUAUUUGUCACCUGCCGAGUUCCAAGAGAAAUUAGGGAUGGCUAAGAAUGAAUUUUACAAGUUACCAAAAUGGAAACAGAACAAACUCAAGAUGGCAGUUCGCUUAUUCUGAUUCUUAAAGUGCACUUCACCUUUGUCUGCUCCCUGAAUUUGACUUUCUUAUCGGUGUUUCAUAUCUCAGGGAGUUUGGUAUCUGUUUUUUGCAGUAAGAAAUUGAAAAUAUGGAAGUAAGAGGACAGCGUGGGUUUUCUUAUAUCUAGCGUAAGGAAGAAAUAAAGAUAUUUAGGUUCUUUCUUUGUUCUGGGGGAAGAGAUUACUUAGGUUGUUUUAAUAAUUACGAAGUUUGUACAGUACAGUGUAAAAGCCACCCCACAAAUUAUUUAUUUUGGAAAUAAAAGUGUGAUUCCCCCCUCCCUUAUUACUUAA